AUGAGCCCCGAGGAGAAGCCCCCGCCGGGCCGCUCCCGCGGGAGCCGGGCGCCACCGUCGCAACCACCCUGUGGCCGGGGCCGCCGGCGGGGCGGCUUCCUGAGCGAGAUCCGCACCGCGAUCCGCACCGAGCCCUUCCAGGAGCGCUACAGCCUCAGCCCCGGCAGGGAGCUCGGCAGAGGGAAGUUUGCAGUGGUGAAGAAGUGUGUCAAGAAAGAUACAGAAAAGGAGUUUGCAGCCAAAUUCAUGCGAAAAAGAAGAAAGGGCCAAGACUGUCGAAUGGAAAUAAUCCAUGAGAUAGCUGUCCUUGAGUUGGCACAAUGCAACCUUUGGGUCAUUAAUUUACAUGAAGUUUAUGAGACUGCAACAGAGAUUAUCUUAGUUCUGGAAUAUGCUGCUGGAGGUGAAAUCUUUGACCAGUGUGUGGCUGAAAGGGAAGAAGCCUUCAAAGAAAAAGAUGUUAAGCGGCUUAUGAGGCAGAUUUUAGAAGGAGUUUCAUUUUUACACAGAAAUAAUGUGGUACAUCUUGACUUGAAGCCCCAGAAUAUUCUGCUAACUAGUGAAUCUCCUUUGGGAGACAUUAAGAUAGUUGAUUUUGGCCUUUCCAGAAUACUGAAAAGCAGUGAAGAGCUAAGAGAAAUUAUGGGAACUCCUGAAUAUGUGGCGCCUGAAAUUCUGAGUUAUGACCCAAUCAGUACAGCAACAGACAUGUGGAGCAUUGGAGUACUAGCAUAUGUCAUGCUAACAGGGAUAUCGCCUUUCUUGGGAGAUGAUAAACAAGAAACAUUCUUAAAUAUAGCACAAAUGAACAUAAAUUAUUCCGAGGAAGAUUUUGACCUUAUAUCAGAGUCUGCUGUGGACUUCAUCAAAACCCUUUUGGUUAAGAAACCUGAGGAACGGGCAACAGCUGAAGAAUGUCUGCAACACCCAUGGCUAGCACAAAGUGAUAUUCCAGACCCUGUGUGUAGCAUUAAGAGUACAGCAGAUGAGGUAAAUACUGUCAUCCAAAAAGAUGGAGAUUCUGCCUCUGAAAAUUCUACGGAUGCUGAGAAAACUGAAGGAGAGGAAUCAAUAGUGACAGAGGAACUAAUUGUAGUGGCUUCGUAUACACUGGGACAAUGUAGGCAGUCAGAAAAAGAAAAAAUAACUGAGCAGAAAGCCAUUUCCAAACGAUUUAAAUUUGAAGAACCAUUGCUGCAAGAAAUACCAGGAGAAUUCAUUUACUGA